AUGAUUAUGCGAGUUUUCACGGCAUUCGGCCCUCCAAAGGUCGAGAAGAAGAACGAUGCUAUCCGUUUUGGCAUCCUGGGGGCGGCCCAGAUUGCACCUCUCGCCUUGAUCACACCAGCCCUCUCACAUUCCGAGGUUAUCGUGCAAGCGAUUGCGGCUAGAGAUCAUGCCUGUGCUUCGGCAUUCUCUAAAAGCAGAACAUCCCCGGCGUUCGCACAUCCUACGAGGGUGCGUUAG